GCAACUAGCGCCUUCGACUACACCCCAACGCCGUCGUCUUCUCUGUUUCAUCCUUCCGCUCUUUAUUUUACUCAUACGCUCAGUCUCAAACACAAACACAAUCUCUCUCUCCUUCUUCUCUAGAUCAGAUCUGUUUUUUUUUUCCCCAAUCGUUACUGAUUCGACGUCGUUUUCGAAACCCUCCCGCCCGAGCGGAACAUGGUCGUCAACGAGAGACCCUCCAAGAGGAUGAAGAGAAGGGUCACAGCUGAUCUUCGUGAUUUUCUUACUUUUCCCGAGCCUGGCGUCACUGCCUCCGGCCAACCCUUCCGGAACUGUGUACAGCGGUUCCUCUCUGACCAUGCGCGAAUCACUUUCCCUCCCUCGCUCUUUCCGUCACUCAUGACGUGGCAGAUCUUGUUCCGUGUCGGAGACAUCGUCAGUGGGCCCGAUCUCUCGCCGGCUAUGGUCACUCUCGAUAUUGUUGAGGAGGACGUCACUCGUUGCCGUACUUCCGUCUAUUGUGACCAGUGCCGAGUCGUUGGGUGGAGUGGGCAUCCGGUGUGUCGAAAACGAUACCAUUUCAUAAUAAGGGCUGCGAGUGAUGCCGUCGAAGCAUAUCAAAGACCAUGUUCAAGAUGUGGAAAUCUUCUCCAAUUAUCUGAAACAAGGUGUAGAUCGUGUAACUUUGCCAUCACCGUUGAUGACCUUGAGGAUUGGGUGUAUCUUCAGAUUGAAGAUAACACCCAUCUUCUGCAUGGUGUCGUGCAUGCCAAUGGUUAUGGGCACCUGCUCACUCUCAAUGGAAGAGAAGGUGGCUCGAAGCUUCUCUCUGGAUUUGAUAUCAUGAAUUUCUGGGAUAGGCUAUGUGCUGCAAUUUCUGUUAGGAAGGUUAGUGUGAUGGAUUUGUCCAAGAAAUUUGGGCUGGAAUACCGAUUGCUUCAUGCAAUCACCAACGGGCAUUCCUGGUAUGGCAAUUGGGGUUAUCAAUUUGGAACUGGCAGCUAUGCUCUUACCCAAAAUGCUUACAAGAAUGCAGUGAAUACCCUGUCGAGCAUGCUCUUGUCCUCAUUUUCAUUCCAUGGUCGGGGACCAAGAAGCCGCCUGGAGUGUGUCAUUUCUCUUUACCAGUCUUUGGCAGAAACUGAACUUUUGACGAUUAAAGAUCUAUUUUCCUUUUUGUUGACAUUGAUUCUUGAAUGUCGUAAGCCAGUGGCCAUGAGGACAUCUAAGCAGACCAGUAACUUAUUGUGUGCUUGGACGGGAAAUGAUGUUGAAGACGUGCAACAUGCUUUGAUCAAGGUUUUGCUUGCAUCGGGUGUCUGUACUGAGGCCAAAUGGGUGACAAGGCGUACUCUCAAGGGUGCAGUAUGCAGGGGUGUUUCAUCUCCAGAACUUCUAGACUACUGUCUUAAGCACUUGCCGGGAAAAUUAGCUGCCAAUGGAAUGAUAGUUUGUUCACGAUGCAAUCCAAUUUCCAGUGCCAUCGAAUUCAGGUUAGAACCUUGGUGUAAUGGAUUAAGCACAAAUUCAGGCUAUCCAACAGAUGCUCAACUGAUCUCUGAUUUGACAUUUUUAUUUGAUUCAAUUAUUCACCCUGACAAAAUGGUGUGCUACAGACCCAAGAAUAUGAGGAAAAGGGUGGCGGAUUCAGCCAGGAAGCUCCUUGACUGUAAACAGUUCAUGAAGGAUUACAAGCCAUAUGAAAUGGCUGUUGAACUGCCUUCAGUCAUUAGGCUGUUGUGUCAUGUGGAGCUUUCUGAUCAGCCCAAGGAUGAUCCAUCCCCACCGCCAGAGCUAAUUGUGCUUCCUUUGAAUGCUACUGUUGCUGACCUCAAGAGUGAAGCCACUAGUGCUUUUCAAGAGGUAUAUGCAAUGUAUAAGAGGUUUCAAGCUGAGGAACUCCUAGGGUAUGGAUCAAUCAGUGAUUCGCUCACCAUAAAGUUCUUGCUUGGAACAAGUGGAUCAAUUCAAAUUCAAGGUAGAUGUCCAGCUAAACAUGGGCUAAGCCGAUUCCGAAUGGAACGAGGAACAGAGGUGUGGAAGGUGGAUUGCAUUUGCGGGGCUAAGGAUGACGAUGGAGAGAAAAUGUUAGCAUGUGAUACCUGUGGUGUUUGGCAGCACACAAGAUGUGCUGGAAUUGAUAAUAAUACUGAUGGAAUGCCGUCUAAGUUUGUUUGUAUGAGAUGUGUCAACUCGUACCGUGAGGAGACUAAAAAAUUACCAACACCUGGUGAGGAAGCUAACGAGACCUGUAAAUUCACCACAUCUUGCAGAGAUGAGGCAGUAGCAAGGGAGUGUGCAACGGUUUCAUGUAACAUAGCUGUGAAUUUUGGUGUACGUUGAGUGUAUAGCUUUUGUAUGUAUCUGUAUAGUUUUUGGUUGUCUUCGGCUAGGAUUUUAUGUUAAUAGCAAAUGAGGCCAGAAGAAGUCGAUUGUUUUGCAAGUCUCUGUUUUUGAGAGCUUAGGCCAGGGUAAGUGCAGCUAGGUUUUAUCAAGCUCAACGAAAAAUAUGAAUCGACGUGACAACUUUGUUCUA